UUUUCGGAAGUAGGUCAUUAUUCGCCGAGAAAACUGGGCAAAUCAUCCUGGCAAUAGCAGUAAAAAAAACUAUGAACAAAAAUUAUUUUAGUAACUUUCGUAACAUGUCUAGGGUGACUUUAGAGUGGGGAGCGUAGGCAGAGGUAUAAGACAAAGUAGUUGCUUAGAAUUGUAGGUAUGAAUAACGAUAAUAGGUUAUUCAAAAACUAAAACACCAUGGACUAAUAGAGAGAACCUCUACCCUUCAUAAUUUAGAUUAGUUAGUUACAGAAGUUGUAUGGAUACUUAUGUAUAGGUAAAAUGUUAUCAACAAAAAUACAUAUCUUAGCCAUGCAAAUAGGGAUACAAAAUCAUCAUCUUAUUUAUGUGGCUAGUUUAACUGGCCAUUUGAAGUGCAAUAGACAAUUUAAUUAUCCCAUAGUGAAACGAAACCUUUCGUUAAGUACAAUAAAAUAUGGUGAAGAAUCCAAUGUUGAAAAUCCACCUGAAAUUCUUACAAAACCUCAAGCUCAUGCUUUAAUUCUGAGACUCAAUGAUGAAGAACGAUCUAAUUUGAUGACAGCUCUACAUGAAUAUCAAUCGAAAUUAAUCAAAGAUGAAUAUGAAGGUCAAUUGGCGGCAUCUAGGUGGAGGAGUAAAUAUGGCCGACCAUCCAAAUUGCCAAAAUUGGGAGAUGUAGAUCCAACAGGGACUUAUUGCCCUGUUCCAGAAGAUUGGUUUAAGAAGAAGUUUGCUGAGACAGUUCCAUGUCCUACUACAAAAAAUCUCGUAGAUCUUGCUGUGGCGAAUUCUAUUCCAUUCAUUGGAUUUGGAUUUUUGGAUAAUUUCUUCAUGUUAAUAUUCGGUGAUUACAUUGACUUUUACCUGGGUUCGUAUUUUUGCUUGUCAACUAUGGCAGCAGCUGCACUAGGAAACACAUUAUCAGAUAUUUUGGGCAUAGGAACAGCAUUUCAUGUAGAGAGAUUAGCAACUAGAAUCGGGUUCUCACCUCCGAAAUUAUCUCCCAUACAGUUGGAAAUGAAAAGUUCACGUAAGGCUGCCAAUUUUGGACGUGUUUUUGGAGUGACGCUUGGGUGUAUUCUGGGAAUGUGUCCUCUUGUGAUUAGAAAACUGCGAGGCAUAGAUGAUAAUGCAAAAGAAUAG